AUGUUAAAUAAGAUCGAGAAAGAAAAGACUCUUGAAGUAGAGAAUCUUGAGAGGGAGGUCGUGAGCCUCACUGCACAGGUCUCCUCCACACACGAGGAGAGAGAAAAUGCCACAGUAGAUGCCAUUAGGGAGGUCUCUGUCCUGCGAGCUGAAAAGGCCAAACUUGAGGCUAAUUUCGAAAAUGUCAGUGCACAGUUGAGACAUUAUGAGUCUCAACUUGAGGACCUUCGCAAGGAGUCUAAAACCAAGAUUAAAGGUUUGGUUGAUUCCCUUAAUGCAUCCAAACAGAGCGAGGAAAUGUUGACAGCAGAUGCUGAACAUAUGAAGAAGUUGAUGGAGGCUGCUAAAUCCAAUGAAGAUGAGUUACGGAAGUCUUCUGGUGAACUAGAGUUAAAGCUUAAAGCCAGUGACUAUGAGAGACAGCAAAUGAUGGAAGAAAUAUCUGACCUGAAACUUCAGGUCCAGAAAAUAACAAGUCUUCAAGAUGAAGUUUCCAAACUUAGAAGCUCCCUUGACGAGGCUAUGUUUGAAAAGGGAAAAUUGAAGGCGCUGCUAGAGUCUGUGACUGAGGAAUGUGAAGAACUGAAGGCACAGAAAGCGAUGCUAACAGAUAAAGUUUCUGAGAUGCAAGAGACUUUGGACAAUGGUGAAGAAGAAAAACGAAGCAGAAUAUCUAUGCAAGCAAAGCUUGUGAGAUUGGAGAGUGAUCGAUCAGCAUCGGAAGCAUCACAUGUACAUGAAGCAGAGUUAAAGAACGAACUUAGUAGGAUCAGAAGAUCAAAUAGCGAAUACCAGAGGAAGAUACAAUCCCUUGAGCAGGAAAUUGAGGAUCUCACUAGAAAGCAGGAGAUUGGAGAUUCUACAGAUCUUCAGUCGAAGAUUCAAAUACUGGAAACUAAGCUUGCAGAGGCUUUGGAGGAAAAUAAGAUGUACAGGGCUCAACAAAAGAGUCCCGUUGCCGAGGAGCAAUCUGCUGGUGGGGACAGGAUUUUGCAGCUGGAAGGAGAUCUAAGAGAUAUGAAGGAGCGGUUACUCAAUAUGAGCUUGGAGUACGCAGAAGUAGAGGCCCAGCGGGAGCGAUUAGUGAUGGAGCUGAAAUCUGUCAAGAAAGGGGGGCGAUGGUUCUAACAUGAUGGAGACCUUGCCUGCCAUAAACAUAAGACUGACAACACAGAUGACCCGUCAUCAAUCAGCGUCAUGUCUGCGUCAUGACAAUACAAGCCAUGACAAUAGGACUGAUGUCAGAUUAUCAUGAUGUGAGAACAAGCAAAUGCAGAACCACAGGUCAUGUGCCGCACUCACUAGUUGGUACCGGUGGAUUGCGAGUCUGACUAUUACCCGGAAGAAAAGAAAAGGUCACCUCCAAGAGAUGAGAUGGUUUCUCUGAAGAGGCAAAUAUUGCGAGUCUGACCAUUUCCUGGAAGAAAAAGCCACCUCACCUGUAAGCCUCACUAUGAUAAUUCCGAUUUAACCAAUUGAUUAUGUGAUGCCUUGUGUUUCUUCAUCCAGUAUACCUGUUUCUCAGUUGACCGGGAGGGUGAACGUUAUUUGUUCAUAUGGUUACUCAGAUCACCCACCAUUUACAUGGGUAUUUACAUGAUUACAUGCAAAGUCCACUUUAACUGUUGAUAAAUGUUGUUCUUCGUCUUGUUUGUGGAACCAACAUGGAAGAGUUUAAGCUAGUAGUACAAUAGCUAUACUCUUACAUUAUUGUAAUUCAAUUUGUAAAAUAUGAAGGGGUCAACUGCUUAAUUAUUUUUA